CGUGAUCGCAUGGAAGCGAGGAGAGGAAAUCGGGUGACAAAAGACCUGUAUAAUAUAUUCACCAAUGUUGUUGUUUGGUAUUAUUGGCGUUUCAUUCUUGUUUAAUUUUUUGAGAGCGGACAUUUAUCCGGAAACAAUCCGCCGGCGUUAUACACAAAAACACUCCAGAGGUGGAUAUUUCGAUUUUUUGGCGAUUUAAGUACUUUUGACGAAUGAAGUCAACUUUUGACAAAUGUAAUACGGAUCGAUUGUUGGUUGCAGUGUAAAGACAGCUUAUAGAUAUUCGCCUUUAUCUAGAACCAAACAUGCGAUACUAGUGUAAUAAGUUCAAUCAUUGCAACAACAAAACAUGGCUGUUCGACACCUCGGUGAGUUUGUCGUGAUUGUAUACCUGACGUUGAUCACAUCAGGAUCCUCGUACGCGGAACAAUUACCCAAUGUCGUGUUCAUUCUCGCUGACGAUUACGGAUUCAACGACGUCGGCUACCAUGGUCGAUCGCAAGGGUCUGCGAUACUGACGCCGAACCUGGACCGGCUCGCAGGCGAGGGUGUUAAGCUAGAGAACUACUACGUUCAACCGAUCUGCUCUCCAACGAGGAGCCAGCUCAUGUCUGGAAGAUACCAGAUCCACACGGGUCUCCAACACGGCGUGAUCAGACAUGCCCAGCCGAACUGUCUGCCCUUGGAUGAAGUCACACUCCCACAGAAACUCAAGGAAAACGGAUAUGCCACCAAUAUGGUCAGUAAAUGGCAUAUCGGCUUCUACUUGGAUGCUUGCACGCCCACUGAAAGGGGCUUCGAUUCUUUCUUUGGGUUCCUGGUAGGAGCUCAAGACCAUUACACGCACAUACUUUCUUGCGAGGCCUUCAAUGCCGACGAUGGCAGUACCAAGACCCUAUCAGGGUACGACCUACACGCAAAUAAGACAACUGUCUAUCAAUACAAAGGACAGUAUUCUACCCAUCUCUUCACGAAUAAAACAAUUGAUGUCAUAGAGAGGCAUGACAAGACAAAGCCACUCUUCAUGUACCUGGCAUAUCAAGCUGUACACGCACCUUUACAAGUACCUGACAGCUACAUGGAGCCAUACAAGAACAUAGCCGACAAAACCAGACGUACCUAUGCUGGUAUGGUAUCUUGCAUGGAUGAAGGUAUAGGAAACGUCACAAGAGCUUUAAAGGAAGCUGGUCUUUACGAUAAUACCAUCAUCAUAUUCUCAACAGAUAACGGUGGACAUAUUGAUAGGGGUGGCAACAAUUGGCCACUCCGGGGAAGCAAAGGAUCCCUUUGGGAAGGAGGCAUUCAUGGAGUGGGGUUCGUACACAGCCCUCUUCUACCCGAUGCAGUCAAAGGAACGGUCAAUCAUGAAUUGAUUCAUGUGAGCGACUGGCUACCGACUAUUGUAGCAGGUAUUGCAGGUAGAGCGUUGAAUGGAACUAAACCCUUAGACGGCUACAAUGUCUGGAGCGCUAUCAGUGGUACAGCUUCGUCCCCUCGAACGGAACUCUUGCACAAUAUCGACCCGAAAAAAAAGCGACCUGUGAACGAGAAAUUCGAUACAUCAAUAAGAGCUGCGCUACGCGUAGGAGACUGGAAAAUAAAGACGGGCGCAGACUAUGAUGUAACGGUUAACAAUGAGUGGAUGCCGCCACCCGAAUCCGGGCUCGACACGAUAUAUCCGACAGAGAAACCGAAUCAAAGGGUCUGGCUCUUCAACAUAACCGCCGAUCCUUUGGAGCAAACCGAUCUCGCAGAAAAGUAUCCGGACGUGGUCAAUGAGCUUGUACAGAAAUUAGAGGAGUAUUACAAAGGUUCGGUUCCCGUGAGGUAUCCAGAUCCGGAUUUGGAAGCGGAUCCAGCCUUGCACGGCGGUUCAUGGGGGCCAUGGAAGUAAAUCCAUAACAGGUUUAAGGUGAAACUGAUUCAAAUAAUAAUAAUAGCACUAUAGCAGUGGUGCUACUAGGACCCCCCCCCCCCUCCCCGACAUAUAUAUUUGUAUUACAUUCUAGCCCGACUUCUUGAAAAUGGUUCGAAAGCUGCACUAAAUUACAAUGCCGGAUUCAGUGGGCAAGGUGGACAUGCUAGCUUGUUCCCUGUUAAAAAAAAAAUUAGUUCAUUUAUGUUCCACAAGAGAAUUUAUAUCAUGAGAAACAUGUUCUUUCUUUCUUUUGACAUAACUAUUUUAAUUUACUACACUUCUUUUUUCUCUAUGGCUUAUAUUUACCAUACAACGACAGUAUAAUGCAAUGAUUGUACACUCAUAUUGAUAUGGAAUUUACAAUACUCCUGUCUUUGGAGCCUUGGGAGGAACGUGUGUAUCCUGAAAAAAAUCAAGAAAUCUGAUGUUCCGAUUCACCGAAAAAUGAGAUAAAUGCAGGUCUUGCCUUAAAAACUAGAAAACAGUUUGAACUAUAAUUGCAGAAUUAUUUGGGGGAAAAAAUGGUGUUUAUUAUAUAAAUGUCUUACCAGGGACAUGACGUAGCGAAAAAAACCUAUGGUUUCUUCAGUUUGGUUUUAGACACGGUAAUUCGCCAAAUGUGGCUCCUCUUGAAUCUAAUAUUAAGAUAUCUAAUGUUUAUAAGACUAGAUAUUGUUUUUUGUGUGGAUAUUUAUGGAGCAUUCAAUUAUAUUAAUCACAACAAAUCUAUCUACGAGAUAUAUAGUCACGAUAUCCAUGGAACAACACUAAAACGGUUUGAAAAUUAUUUCAGUGACAGCAAACAUUUUGUAUUUGUAUACAAUUAUAAAUGAAAUAUGUGUGAUAUAAAUAUAGGAGUUUCCCAAGGAUAAGUAGUGUAACCGCUGUAGUUACUUCUUUUUAUUAAUGAUCUGCAAUAUGUAAGCCACAUACUUAUUUCUGUUAUAUUUACAGAUUGUAAAAUCUUUUCCAUCUUCGUAAAAGAUAUCACUUAAAUUAACUAUACAUUAAAUGUUGAAUUAAAGUCUAUUUUUAAAUCGUCUACAAAAAAACAUCAAAGGAGAAACGUGUUUUGUAGAUUUCAAUAACGAACAACAGGAUAAAUGAAAAUGGGAUGAAAACAUACAUGAAAAACCAUGACAUUCAGCCAGGCAAAACAAAAAUUGCUGAUGCCUUCCUUCAUGAAAACUUUACCUGGAGAGCACACAAAUAUAUUGUUGGUUAUGAGAUGUCUACAACAAUUGGUGCAAUAAAUCGUCUGAAAUGUACAGUACCGAAUCAAGUACUUUUAACUUUGUAUUGUACAACGAUUUUUUUCAUACAAUAAUGUUUUGUUCUAUCUAUGGGAUCACAGUGCCCGUUGCCUCAUAGAUCGAGUUUUAGAAUGUUAAAAGGGUGAAAUUCGUAUUAUUAGCAAUUCAGCACCUCUUUCCUGUGAUUCUGACCUUUUUAAAACGUGCAUUUCCAAUUUGGAGCUGUUCUCUUAAUCUCAAAAUAAUGUAUCUAUAUGACAACUUGGACGUGCCCAAAAUAAUUAGAUUUAAGGGAUGUUGUUGCUUCUUAUUGCUGGUGUUUCAGUUGUUCUUUUCAUUGUAAUGUUACUUAAUUUGGCCUAAUUAAUCGUAUAUAUUUUCUUAUCCCAAUCUCGCUUGGGGAUUAUCAAGGCAUUAAAGAUGAAGUUGAGUUCUGGUCAUGCGAUUGCAUUGUGAAAGAAACGGUGUGGAAUCGACCAGAAAAGGUUGAUCAUCUAGCAUAUAAGAAUUUGU